GCUGAGAUUACAUACCUAUAAGCUGUGUCUUGCAGAAGCUUUCCUGUUAAAAUGGAUUCACAUGUUUCAAAUAAUAGUUUUAUAGAGGAAAAACUGGAGGUCUGAGAAUCCCAAAACGAUGAGUAUUCAAAGAAAUUAAAGUUCUUGUCACUGUGCCCUGGAAAUGCAGAUGAAAACAGGUUUCAUAAAAGUGUCAUUUCAUCUGUUAGUGAAAGCAUUUUGGAGGAGGCUGUUGGAAUGAAGAAGAGGGAGCAGGUGGCUGUCUCAAUUACUGAAACACAGUGCAAAAAUUAUACUGAAGCCCUAAUAAUGUACAAUAGGAGGAUCAUUUCCAGGAGGGAAAUUAACUGCAACAAGGAUGAAUACCAAUUAGAUGCUCAGUGUUGCAAGAAAUGUAGAAGUGGUUUUGUUAAAAACGUCUCCUGCCCAACAGAUAUUAUCAAACACUGUGUUCCAUGUGAGAAAGGAAAGGAAUUCAUGGAUCACCCCAAUCAGCUGGACGAGUGUUGGAGAUGCAGAUUGUGUGACAGCACAUUUGGUUGGGAGGUUGUAAAGAACUGUACCCCAGAAAAGAACACGCAAUGUGCCUGUGCAAAGAACUAUUAUUGCAGUUCUGCAGAAUGUGACCAUUGCCAGCAAUGUACCACAUGUGAAAGUGGUGCGAUUGAAAAACAAUGUACUUCAUCUUCAGACACUGUAUGUGGAACAAAAGAACCAGUUAUAUUGGGGGUGAUCAUUCCUUUGGCAGUUUUGGCAGCUCUACUAGCAAUAGCUGGAGUAAUAUGGUGGCGCAAGAGAAAACAGAAAGGUGUUACAAUCAGUGAUCACCCAAACAACAUAGUUUACAAACCAGAGCCUUUUGAGAGUGUACCUCUCAUAGACACAGAUGCUGACCUGAGCAGCCACGUUCCUGGUAUUGUGGCAGAGAUGACACUCGCAGAAGUCAAGAAAUUUGUUCGUCACCACCAUGUAUCAGAACCUGCCAUAGACCAAAGCAUUCAGGAUUGUCUUGGUGAUACAUCUGAACAGAAGAUUAGGCUGUUUCGAGCCUGGUAUCAAAGUCAUGGGAUGAAGGGAGCCUAUGGAACCCUAAUAAGCAGCCUGAAAGAGCUAAAAAUGUGUGCUGCAGCUGAUAAAAUUGAGGAAAAGCUGAAGGCAGCUAUUUCCAGCUCUCAGGAAGGGGGACAGUCUUGUAAUCCUGACACUGAGCAAAGCAAAACUUGCUCUCAGAAGGGCAGAAGCUCUUACAAUGAUAGUACUGAGCUAAGUAAAGCCUAUACUGGUAGUUUGGAAGAGACCUAGUGCAGAGUAAUUUGAAAACUAUUUCUAAAUGAGUAUUUUUCUAAUAUAAAUAACAAAGCUUCAAAAUGGAAUUUUCAUUGGCAGUGCUGAUUGAACUCAAGUAAGUUAUUAUAUGCAGAAGUAAUAAUUACAAAUGUUGUAGCAAUAUCCUUCCUUGAAAAGAAGUUCUAGCCUUUUUUGGCUGUUAAGGACUGGAAGAAGUUUUAUGACUUUUUUACUAAAAGGUGCAAUAUAAGACCCCAGCUAUAGGAUUCAUUA